GCCUAUAAUAGAUGUUUGGGUGUGACGUGCGAUACUGAAGGCCGAUUAACAAAUCGGAUGGUUAAAUCUUUAAAUAAUAAUGCUGUAAUAUUUAUUUACGUUUGAUUUUGUAAUCCUUUCAGUAGCGCGUUUAGCGGAGAGUUGUUUUGUUUGUAUGAAUUGUCCGGAAGUGGCAAAAUGGUACCGCGCAAGUAUUAUCAGCAUGUGAAAAAAGACCCCGAUAAAAUCAAGUCGAUAUGGAAAGUUUUACACACAACAACUUUCUUGGUUAUCAUCCUCAACUCCCUCUUAUCAGCCUAUAUUUUCGGAGAAAUUUUGAAAAUGUUCAACUACAGAUGUAUUCUACACGGCCAACCCAUAUUCGAUGUCGUAGAAGCAAGAUACAUGAACGAAACACAAAACGAACUGAUAGACUUAAAACCUAUCAUGAAAAAUAACAACGAAUUAAAUGAAACAAAAGUAAAUAUAACAGAGAAUAUCAAAGAAAUGACAGUGAAAGAAGGAAACAAUGAAACUCGUUCAAAUAACGGACCGGAAUUGCUAUAUUUAUCUAUAUUCAACACUUCUGAUGAAUCGGUUAAUGUAACUAACGAUAUUACAGAAAAUCUGAAACAUUCGUAUCUUUUUAACGAAACAAUUUGGUACAAAAACGAUUCUUUGUAUGGCAAAGUAGAUGUUAGAAUAAGAGGAAGUGAUUACGGAUCUUCUACUUCUUGUGAUUUAAUACUGUUCGUGCCUUUAGUAUCUUUAAUAGCAGCCGCUGCUUUUGGGGCUCUUAUUGUACUAUUCGGAAGAGGUCAAGAAUCUGACAGGUCAUGGUUGAUGGUAUAUCCAGUACUGAUAGCAUCUGUUAUAAUGGUGAUUCUAUAUAUAAUUUCAACCAUUUCCAUGAAACAGGGUUUGGAAAAUUUUUGUUCCAAGUUUCAACAUUUUACUGGAUAUUUUACUUGUUCCGCUUAUAUGGGAUACUUUUCCUUUCAUAACCAAGAGAGUAUUCGAGAUUUCUGGUCGAAUUACACGAUAUGUUACUAUUCCUACAUAACAUCAAUAUUUUUAUGGUCAACUCAAUUGGCUGUAACAAUUUUAAGAUUAGCUACUAUGGCCGAUUUUCAAUUUGUUACGGUAUCAGUUAACACAACAGAUAUUAAUACUAACGAAGUACGUAGAGAAAAAAUUCAAAAAGCGCUUAAAAGUUCAGGAUUAAGACCGGCUGCUGAUCUGUUUCCUAGCGAAGAAGACAUGUUUGUUAGUGAAGAAAAUGUCGCAUAUACCCAUGUUUGAUCUAAGCUGAUUACACAAGUGAAGCUUUAAAAAUAUUGGAACUGGAAAUACGGAAAAAAUUUCCAUAUAAUUCUAUGCAAGUUUCAAAGUUCCAUCUUUAAACUACGUAAUCUGAUCAAAUUUGACCCGGACUAGGGCAUUUGAAUUGAACGCGUAAAUCGAAUCGGUUACCUCUUUUCCCCAGGGCCGAGCUGUUACUGCAUGGCACCCGGGCGGCACUAACACAGGGGGCGGCAAAAGGCAAAAUGUCUCCCCCCAGAACCCCAUCAUGCAAAAAAUAUUUAGUUGCAAAGCGCAAUGUGCAACAAUACCAAAAUAGUACGUUGAGUGUUCGGGCGAAUCGAGAGGCGUAAAAAAGAUAAUAAAUAAGUAAUAAUAAAGAAUAAGCCGCUUGCCGCAAAAACGACAGAAUAUAUUAAUAGGUACUUUUCUAUACGACUAGACUAGAAAUUCACCUCAUAUCUCGCCUCAAUAAUCAAAUAUCGACUAGGUACGCUAAUAGGGCGGCAUAUUUUGUUCUUGCACCCGGGCGGCCGAUACCCUAGGCUCGGCCCUGUUUUUCCAUAAGUUGGUACAAUCAUUUUUGAUGUUUGUGUGAAGUUUGAAGUGCAUAUCUCAGUUAGUGUGUCUUUGUCAUCUGUUUGUUUACACUACGACAAUGGAAAAAAAGUUGAGCGAAGAGUUUGCUUGAAAAUUUAUGUUUUCAAUAGAACGGCUUCAGGAUCAUUGAAAAUGUUUUGGGAAGCCUACAAUAUCGCGAAUGCAAGCACAACGAAAGUCGUUGUGUCGUUGAAAACUGCCUCAUACGUGUGGCCAUCUAUUAACGUAGAUAAAAUUAAGAAACAUCUGUAGGUUGUAUUGUUGAAGAAAGACGUACCUUGGUAGCUGGUUCCACAGGCUUGCACUUCUCCAAAGAAAGGAAUCCCGAUAAAUUAUAGUUUAUUUCAGAAAGGUUAGAGUAAUAAAAUCUCAUUAGGUAUUCAAAGGGACCACAGAGUGACCCAACGAAUAUUUAAGCCACUUUCAUAGUUUGGCAUUGAUUUCAUUUUAAAUUUUUUUUUAUCAAGUGCAGGUAGUACCACCCGUGUUGGGGUCAAUAUAUGGGUUUAGCCUAUUGUUAUCCUUUCACAAACACUGAAAAUAAUGUGCCAAAGGUAGGAUACUCGUAAAAGUAAAGAAUUUUAUUUUAACAAAAUAUAAAUUAGGUAUUGUGUACAUAGUAUUAGUUACACUUAUUUCUUAUUGAACAUUAUACAGAAAUUAAAUUAUAAAAAAUCAUAAUAUUCUUCGUCAUCUGAGGAACUGUCAUCUCCUCUUGACGUUAUAAUUAACGGGUCCACGGUCCGAUCGAUCAAGUAGUCAAGUUCCCACAUUUUCUCCUCUUCUUUAUUGACUUGCUGGACUACCAAUUCUCUGAUGUCACCUCCUUAAUGGCUUAACGUCUUUCAUUUUGAAUGUCGUGUUGUGUCUUGCUACAAAUCCUUUCACUUGCGCCCAUUAAGUUUUAUAGGAUUCAGUUUGAAACGAUAUGGCGGUGUGCGCAGCACAGUUACAGUUUUUCUGCUAUAUCUUCCACGGCAUGUUUCAUAAAACGAUGUUCAAAUUCAAUUCUUUUGGUGAUUAACCAGUCAAUAAUUUCUUGUUUUCUCCAAGAUGAAGUUGAAGCCUUCCCUAUGCGUCGAGAAUGAUAACUUGGGUUAUCCAUAAUUACUACUGAAUCAGCCGGAAGAUAUUUUAUCAUUUCACCAAAAUAGUCUUCAAAAACAUCCGAAUCCAUGUCCUCGUGGUAAUAUCCCGUAUGGCACGACUAAAAGGUUAGCAAACCUUCUUUUCAAAAUCUCUCUUCGCUUCCAAUAUGGACGAUUAUUAGUCUUUUCCCUUUACCUGAAGGCACCUUAAUGCCCGUUGACAGGCCUUCCAUGAAAGCUUGGUAAGCUCUGGUUAUAUUUUUGUCUUGCCACAUUUUUGGUACUGUAUAACCUUCAUUAAUCCACGUCUCAUCAAGAUAAAAGCUUUCACUUUCGAGUAAAAGUGCUUUACGGCUAUGCUUUUCCCGGGCAAAAUCCAUAUUUAUAAAAGUGGUCCAUAAAAGCUUUUUAGUUAUCAACGGAAUACUGUCAUCCUGGCCAAGCUCCAUUAAAAUCUUAUCUAGGGUGGGUAUUUCUUUUUUAAAAUCAAAAAAUAGUGAACUUUUCUUUGAAUUACACUUUUGGUGUCUUCAUCAAGGACUUUUACUGGUGUGUCUGGACUUUUCUUGGGAGGUUCCACUUGGCCUGCUAUCUUUCUUCCUCCCCCCCAAAUAAUUUACAAACGAUGGACUUUCCAACUCCAGUCAUUCGGGAACAUCGGUCGACAGUUUUUCAUUUACUGAUAGUGGAGAAUUAUUGGAACAUCUUUUCGUUGGUGUAAGUGUCGCCAUUUUAUUAUUAAUCUCAUAAUACUGUGAACACUAUUUACGGCUUUACAGUAAAUACUGAUGCGUUAACCUAAACUUAUAAAGGUCUAAAAAUUUUGAGUAAAGCACCAUUGCCCUUACGGCGCAUGGUUAAGCCGAAUCUGAAAUAGGGUUGGAAUUAGGCAGAGGCACUAACAGAAGGUUAAACGGUACCUAUUAAACGCAAAACGUAACUGUAUAAUCUAUUACCUAAGUAAUCCUUACAAAAUAUUUCAAGACCUACACCCAUGGCCGACACCGAAAUUGAGCCGAGCUGGACGGAAUUCCUCAUUUUAUUGCUCUAUACCUUUCUGAAACAGACUAUAACCCCAUUCAAGAAUGUUUUCAAGGUCGGUAAUGAGGGUAGGGAUCUAUUGCUGUCUACGGAUUUCGGUUUUAUUUAGCCGAGUUUAUUAGGGCGGCUGAUUUGAACGACGACACCAGUGAGCUAUCAUCGGCGAAGCUGUUUUUUCGAGAAGAUCGUUGGUGUACAGGAGAACGAGAAUACCGUACGAUCUUAUUUUAUUUAAAGGUUUGGCAUUCCAAUCACUGUCAAAAGCCUUCGAUGUGUCCAGAGUGAUUGCUUUGAAUUCCACAUAUUGCUCUACAGCUUCAGCCCAAACGCUGGUGACAUAAGCCAGGAGAUCCUCGGUUGAUUUAUGUAUACGAAAGCCGUAUUGAUGGUCGUUGAUGAUGUUAGCAAACUGAAGAUAUCUAAAUAUUUGCUAAUUAACGACUUUCUCCAUAACCUUGACUAUGGCUUGAAAUAAAGCAAUCUAGCGAUGUUCAUCCUUUUCUUCUAUCACCGUGUUGUGGUUCGUCAUAAAAUCGUUCCAGAGGAUAAAAGUGUCAAUAAAUAGUACUACCUGUCCGUAUUGACGCGUCUACGUGAAGCAGUUCAUCGUAAGCGACCCGAUUUGUGAGCAGAUAUAGCAUUAAAACACAUAAAAAUGUUGUUUUCUUUAGUGGCUAGUCCAGGUUAAAUUUGAUCACAUGAAGAGACAAAUAUUUUCAUAUAUUGGAAACACACUUGUAAAUGUUAAUUUUCGUUUUUGUGCAGUUUUUGUAUAAGUAGUUUCCGUUGUUUCCAGAAAAAGUAGUUUAAAAUUAUAAGAUUUCGGAAUAUGGGUGGCUAAUCUAUCGAUGGACUAUCAGCCUGAUUCAUAUUCGCUCACUUCACAGCUGUGGAUUAAUGACUUAAACAUUAAUCUAACUAGAAAAUUAGAUUUGAAAAGUAAUUCGUGAAUAGCAUACCACAAAUCUCUAAUAUAAGUGGACCAAUAAUUAGUUCUAUUAGUAUCCCACAGGAGACAUUGAUUUUUAUGUAAAUACUAAAUUGCCCAAAAAAUAAGGUUCCCAACGUAUUUACAUAAUGGAAAACACGUUUAUAUAGACAUCUUUCGAAAGCUUAGGCUUUCCUCUAUUUUUUGACAUAUUCGACGUUCAGAUCAAUGCAUUUUGCAUACCUGAGUCUUAGAAGUUUGCAAUUGCGCCGUAAAGAUAGCUUAAAACCUCUUCUUUCAGCUCGGUGGUGAAAUGAAUCUCUCGUAAAAGUUUGUUUAAUUCAGGGAAGAGAUAGUAAUCACUGGGGACCAAGUCCGGGCUGUAAGUGACAGUAUCUCAUUCAAAUCUGUACAUCCGUCUUUAAAUUCUCUGUACCAUUUGCGCACAUGUUGCACUCAUAUACUUUUCCCCAUACACCUCAUACAAUUGAGAAAUGAAUAUUCACCGGAGGAACAUUUUUCAGAUCGCUAUACAUGAAUAUCGCGACAGCAAUCACUUGCAUAGUAUCUGCAGGUGCCAGGGGUGGAUGGUUUAUAUGCCGACUUUGCCAAAUAUAUACAUCCCGGGGAUGUUCGAGGUCGAUGAACACGAAUAUCACCACAGAAAGAAUAUACCAGCUUCUUAGUAUAGCAUAGCAAGUAUGCCUCUAGGUAACUGGCUCUUUUUUUUAAAUACCCUCGCAGGUUAUCGUCGUCGUGUUCAGCGAUCUCGAAAAUGUCAGGUUAUAUAUUUAAUUACGUAGAUAUAUAAGAUACUUUCAGAACAUCUCAAGAACUUAUGGUGAUGUAGAAAAUUUAAAAUUAUGAUCCAAAAUCAAAAUCGAAAUGGCGAAAGAAUAUAACAUCAAACAUAUAGAAAAAUACUCAUACUCAAUACUCGCCAGGAACAAGACACCAACAGCAUCUGUAUUAGGUUAAUACAUAAGCUUUUAACACGUUCACGGACAGUAGACGCCAUACGGCGUUUGAUCGAGUUCUGUAAACUGGAACUGGAACAGUACGCCUUAUGGCGUCAAAAUUUCUAUCAAGACUAAAUUUUCAUAUAGUUUAAGCCGAAGCUACUGCCACAAAAGGAACAAAUCAAUAAAAUCUAGUGUCCCGUUUAUAGAUUGUACCCCCUCCAAUGUGCGAAUCCCACGUGUUUUCGGUAGACAGGUAUUUUCCCGCGCACUGUCGCCAUCCGGCGUUCAGUUCACAACAGAACUUCUUAUACUAAACAGUUACUGUCGUGUUCCGAAUAGGUGGUUUUU